AGCAUACUAACAAGUGGAUUUGACUGUGGUACUCAAAGCUGCCUGAAAUAAUUAUGACUUUUCGUCUAUUUUUUCGUCUAUUUUCUUAAAAAAUAGUUUUCAAAUUUGGCUCUAAUCGAAUCUAGAGCGCAAAACUUUUCCUUGCAGUGUUUAAAGCGGGUUUUUGGUUUUGUAAAGUAACUUGCUAAACCAACAGAGAGUCGCGUAGCCCGUUACCAAGUCUACCGAUGGUAUACUAAUGGAAUGACGGUCAGAUAUUCAGUGUCCGAUACGAUCUAACUCAAUUGUACACAAUCCUCUCCAAGCAUGUGUGUUUUUAUCAAUAUCUUUCAAUUUACCCAUAAAAAAUAGUACCUUGUCGAUUACAGUAAAGGUUGCUUUUAUUAUGUAUAUUCAGUCGCAGUGUUAUACAUAUAGAAAAGGGGCCCAUUGUUCGCAUCAGUUCAUGCCUUCCUCCCUCCCCAAAGGUUACUAGCUUUUGCAGUGUUUUAAACAUCUGUUACGCUGACAUUGAGUAUGAAGAAGAAGGUUUGAGUAGUCGAUAAUAGUGUUACGCUGUUGAGCAUGAAGUGAAGAAUAAUGGUUUAAAUAGAUAAAGGAAUUGCACGUGAAAAUUGGGAUUACAUUAAGACUAUAUAAGAAAUGUGAAUUUGAAAUAUAGUGGACCAGUUAAUAUUGAACUCCGAACUCGUACGACUGAUGUUUUUGGGCCCAACGCAUCACAUCAUUCAGAAUUUGAAGGAAUUCUCAUUUUAGCCACUCUUACAUCCGACCAAAAAACAACCAAUCAAAUAACUUUAUCUCAGCAAUUCAGCUUAUCUAAAUUUUAGCUUUCUUUAUCAUUUAUUCCUUUUUUUCCCCGCACAGGUGUUCGAAUUCUUUCAAAGCUCAUAACUCCCACAGCUUUGAAUACUGCUCCUCCAGUGUCUAUAUUUUUCAGCUGUUUCAUUCUCUUAUUAUAUUUAUCUGACGUGAUUCAAUUAAUUUCGUAUAAACAAAACUGUUAGUUUAUAAUACAAAACUUUGGAAAGAAUAUUCUAGGGAAAUCUACUGAUGUUGGUAGUUCUGCUUCGACAGAAACUCUUGACUUGAAGUUGUUCAGCCAGUGUACUUCAAAGAUUUACUUUGUUAGUCAUAUUAUUUCAGGGGGAUAUAUAGUUCUUGCAUUAGAAGUUCCAUAUACCGGCAUGGAAUAGCCAGAAGAAAUCUAUUGAAACAAGGUUUUUUCGUAUUGAAACUACGAAGAUGGCGAGCCGAAGAAUGGGCGUCAAAAUAACCUCGCAAGAUAUUCCAGGAUUCAUCUUCCUUUUCAUUUUGAUUGGUCUUGAAAUACGAACUAGCCUUCAACAGCAUUGCCCACAAGCACAACCUGUGUUGGUAGCAGAAGCAGGCCACGCUCUCAUUGGUACAGUGUACACAUGCUUCCAAACAGAACGCCAUCCUUUGUGCUUACUUGAGUGCGAGCAAUCUGAGUCUUGCAUGAGCUUGAACUAUUAUGAGAGAACAAGUACUUGCUGUUUGAGCACACAGACCAAGGAGUCACGUCCAGAACGGUAUGAACAGAGACGUGAUUGUAUCUAUUUUAAGAAUCCUUCUGGAAGAAUCCCAGCAACGUUCAUAGGAAUGAAGGCGUUUCCGGCCAAGUCAUGCCUGGACAUACUGGUCAGCGGAGGAUCUAUUGGAACAGGCGUAUACUGGCUUGAUCCGGAAAACAAAGGCAACCCAAUCAAAGUCUAUUGCGACAUGGAAAGAGAUGGAGCUCUUUAUCUGUCAGGUGGAUGGACGACAGUGAAAAAAACCGUCCUACAAACCACUUCCUCACCAAUCAGAAUCCCUAACGAGAGAUUUGAAGACUAUCAUGUGAUCGAAGAAUACCACAAUAAUGAUGUGAACGUCAUACCAACAGCAAAGGCCAUGUCCAGCAUCAUUCAGUUACUGGGAUUCGACCAGAUUCAUUUUUAUUGUCACAAGAAGUCUGUCGGUAGAGUCGUGAGCAUCAUGAUCAAGAACGAUACCGCUGCCCAGCAAGUAGUGCGGUUCUUUACCGAAGACUUUGGUUUCCCUAAUGCUUGUGGCUCGUUUGAACGAUUGCCCGAAGACUCAUCUAUCAUGGUCAAUGCUUGCGAAAAGUGGGGUAAAAAUAAGAGCGAUGGCACAGAAAUCAAUAAAUGGGGAUCUUUGAAGUUUAAGGGACCAAAAAGAUUGGUUAGCAGGCCUUUUGCCAUGGAAGGGAACGACAAGCACGCUUUUGGCAUUUAUAACAAUGCAGGCUUUUAUCUUAUGUGUGAUGACAGCGAGGAUGCAGUCAGUCCGUACAACUCAGGAGAUAUCUUGCAAAUCUCAGUACGCUAAAUUUGUUCCUCUCACUUCUCAAUCCUAGCUAAUUUACGUGUAUUCAUCAAUAUCAUUAUCACAAGGCAAGUUAGUUUUCAGUAGAACCUGGUGCAUUAGGACAAGGUAUACGCAAACAUAUUUUUAUGGGAACCGAACUGAGCUUUCAGUAGUCUAAAUGAGUGCUGGUUUUUGACUCCGUUUUAGGAUUUACUGUUGUAUAGUAUAGACGUUUAAUGUUUUUUUAUUUAAUGACAUCUCGUUGUCAUCUGUACAUACAGCAUACCAUAUCACCUGGACACGUGUGUGGAUGUUGUAUCUCAAAGGGAUAACGCAGUAAUACGUUAUAUAUUCGAAUCUAGGGGAAGACGAAAUUGCUUGCCUGGUAAUAAUAUAUAUAUAUCAAAAAAGUGCUUGAAGUUAAAAAAAAAAAUAGUUGCACAAGAACAAAAUCUUAAAAAGUAGGAGUUUGUUUCUGAAGAGUUUAAGGUAUGUUUGUUGGGAAGUCAGUCUGCUAUUUUUAGUUCUUCCAAAUUUUAGCUAAGAUUUUUUAGUCGGUUCACGCUGAGGCCGAAAGGUAUUCUGGGAAAUAGCAUAAUUUUCCUCUGAUGUAUUAAUUUGAGAUACACAGUCGAUAUGAAAGGUGUUAAGAGCCUACUUGCUUCCUAAUUAAUACAUCCAUUUAACGUACUUCCCAUGAACCAUUUCGGUCUCAGCUUCUAUGUUCUAUGUUACCUAAUGUUCUAAUAUAUUCGACAAUGAUUUUGCAAACGUGGUGCUUAAUACAUUGAUUGCGUAAAGGAAUAAAGCUUGAGUAAGCACAAACUGUAUGUCUUGAACUUCGAUAAUCAGAAACAAAAGGCACGUUUUAACAUCUUCACAGCUGUCUUCAGUUUUAUUGUUAAAGCUUCAUGUUUUUCGUAUCCACUGUUUAGAAAAAAUAAA